AUAGUAACACAACAAUGGCUAAAAGCUUGUUUUUCACUCUCAUUCUUCUUUUCAUGUCUAUCAUGAGACCAACACACUCUCGUUUUUGGACAAAAGGCUACACCAUCUCUAUAUACAACAACAUUCUCGACAAAUCGGACAAGAUAUGGUUCCAUUACGCGUCAAAGGACGACGAUUUAGCGCGCACACAAUCGGGAAGCCAACCGGCGGAUUUAUCGGCUACGACCAUGUCUGCGUUACCGCCCGUAACCGAGGUCCGGGUCGAAUCCAUCGUGUUUCCGCCGGCGGUGAAGCCACCGGGCUCCGCCAAGACGCUCUUCCUGGGCGGCGCAGGGGUGAGGGGAAUGGAGAUCGGAGGUGCGUUCGUCAAGUUCACCGCCAUCGGAGUCUACCUGGAGGAUAACGCCGUCCAGUCGCUUGCCGUUAAGUGGAAGGGCAAGAGCGCCAAGGAGUUAACGGAGUCCGUCGACUUCUUCACAGAUAUCUUCACUGGUCCCUUUGAAAAAUUCACCAGGGUGACUACAAUACUGCCGUUGACCGGCCAGCAGUACUCGGAGAAGGUAGCUGAAAACUGUGUGGCUUACUUGAAAUCAAUUGGGAAAUACACAGAUGCAGAAUCGAAAGCAAUCGAAAAGUUUCUUGAAGUGUUUAAACAUGAAAAUUUCCCACCUGGGGCCUCUAUCCUCUUCACUCAGUUGCCGGUCGGCUCGUUAACUAUAAGUUUCUCGAAAGAUGGUUCAAUUCCCAAGCAUGCAAAUGCAGUGAUACAAAACAAACAGCUGUCUGAAGCCGUGCUGGAGUCCAUUAUCGGGAAGAACGGCGUGUCACCUGCAGCAAAGCAGAGUUUGGCUCUGAGGUUGUCGUGA